AUGUGCAUCAUCGCAAUAUUGCAAGUACGUGGUGAUGUGGAGGACCUCUUUAAUUCAGCGGCGAUGUCGCAGUGCAUGGCCUCCCACCUCUGCCUGCAGGCCCUACCGCUCAUCUCACUGCUGCUCUUCCUGUCCUCUACUGGCGGGAGCUUUGAGGCUCUCACCCCAGGAUGUCACCUACAUCCCUUUAAUGUGACCAUACGCAGUGAUCGCCGGGGGACAUGUAAGGGCACCCAUCUUGUCUACGCCUGUGUGGGUUACUGUGAGUCUAGCGCCUUCCCCUCUAGAUACUCCGUACUGGUGGCCUCCAACUUCACCCACAACAUCACCUCUGCUUCCCGAUGCUGCACCAUCAGCAAAGACGCCAAGAUCAAAGUUCGCCUGGACUGCCCCCGGGGGCGCCACCACGAUGAAAUAGAGAUCCUGACAGCGAAGGCUUGUCGCUGUGACAUGUGCCGCAAGUCUCGCUACUGA